AUGUCGUAUUACCUCGCCAUCAUCUCGCCAGCCGACUCGCCGCUCUUCGAAUUGACCUUCGGCACAUCAAAAGCUGGCGGUGACGGCGUUGCUCGAUUCCGCAAUGGCGAGACCUCUCGGUACAUGAACCAGUUUAUUGUCCACGCCGCCCUGGAUGUCGUGGAAGAAGUGCAGUGGCUCACGCCAAAUAUGUGGCUUAAAGUCAUUGACAACUAUGCACCCACGAACUCGCACAUCAGCUGCUUCAUUACGGGAACCAAUGUUCGGUUUAUGCUUCUCCAUCAACCAUCGGCAAUAACCAAUUCUUCCGCUGGCGCUCGAGCAUCUACCAUUUCGUCGACUUCAAUUCCGCAGAAUCCUACUAGUCCUCAGACAGAGGAGGCUAUUCGGCAGUUUAUGAACGAGGUUUUCGAACUCUGGGUCAAGACAUUGAUGAAUCCAUUCUACAGGAUCGGGAAUCCCAUCAAGAGUCCAGUUUUCAAGCAGAGGGUCACUGCUGCUGGCCGUAAAUGGCUGUAG